UGGACCAAAAGGGUGACAACAAUAAUUCCCUCGCUGCUGUUGAAGUUGAUCUGCGGUUCGUGAUUGAAGUGCUAUGACAACGCAAGUGCCUACUGUGCCGCUCGGCAAUGGCUACGAGAUGCCAGCGAUCGGCUAUGGAACCUAUCUGGCUCUUAAAGGUCAGGGAUUGGAGCUGGUGAAGAAGGCGAUCGAUGCCGGUUACCGGCACAUCGAUACGGCGUACCUGUACGAGAACGAAGCCGAGGUGGGCCAAGCGAUCCGAGACAAAAUAGCGGAAGGUGUGAUCCGCCGGGAGGAUGUGUUCGUAACGACCAAACUGUGGAACACGCACCACGAUCCGGCGCACGUCGAAGAAGCGUUCCGCCGGUCCUACAAUCUGCUCGACAUCGGUUACAUCGAUCUGUUCCUGAUUCACUCGCCCAUGGGCCAGCAGUACGCGGGGUAUGAGUACGAGGACAUGCAACCGAAGGAUGCGGACGGAAAUAUGUUGCUCUCGGAUGUGGACUAUGUUGAGACGUGGAAGGUGAUGGAGAAGCUGGUUACGGCCGGUUGGGUGCGAAGUAUCGGUUUAUCGAACUUUAAUAGUGAGCAGAUCGAACGGAUCCUUGCGGUGGCCACCAUCCGUCCGGUGAACAAUCAGAUCGAAGUGAAUCCGGGCUACGAUCAGCGUCGAUUGAUUGACUUCUGUAAGGCCCGUGGCAUCACGGUGACGGCGUACGGCCCGAUGGGAAGGCCACAUCGGACGACGUACGGUAAUCGUAGUGCGCUCGGUGAUCCGAAGGUCCUUGAAAUUGGGCAAAAGUAUGGUAAAACCAGCGGGCAGGUGAUCCUGCGGUAUUUGAUUGACAUCGGUACCGUCCCGAUACCGUACUCCACGAAUGAUGAGCGGAUUCGACAGAACAUUGAUGUGUUUGAUUUUAAGCUAACCGACGAUGAAAUCAAGUAUCUGGCGUCUUUCCACUCGGAGCGUACAAUCCAAUUCCUUCCGUUGAAAAAUCAUCGAUAUUAUCCGUUUAACAUCGACUUCUAGGACCUUCCUGGGACAUCCGAUUGAUACCAGCUAUCGAGCAACAGAAACAAUUGUUGGUGAUACAGGGUUUUGGUGUGAUAAUAAAUCAUAGCAGCGGUUUAUUGAUUUAU